GAAGGCACCGUCUCUUCUCACCCACAUCUGCUCCUCAACAUCUCCCCGUCAGCGGAAUGAUUCCCGCCACGACGUCGGGGCUGCCGUUCCUAGUCCUGGGAAUGUUCCUUUGCCGCCCGCUAGCUGGAAAGCCAGGCCAGGGAGCGACCACUUGGUCUCGCUUCGCCCAGCUGCCUUUCCCGGAGGACGCGCUCUUUCUCUACGACACAUUCCCUCGGGGCUUCCUUUGGGGGGCCGGGAGCUCGGCGUAUCAGGUGGAAGGCGCCUGGAACCGGGAUGGUAAAGGGCCUUCGGUGCUGGACACCUUUGCGCACAGUCACGCGGCGUCUUUUCGAAACCCCGCCGAGCGACCCUUCGGGGACACGGCCAGCAGCAGCUACGACCACGUCGAGCGCGACCUGGACGGUCUGAGCGCCUUGGCGGUCUCCCACUACCGCUUCUCGCUAGCUUGGGCGCGCCUCCUACCUAACGGCACGGCGCCCGCCAAUUUUGCCGGCUUGCGCUACUAUGCGCGCUUGCUCUCCGGCCUGCGGCAGCGUGGCAUCGAGCCCGUGGUCACCCUCUACCACUGGGACCUGCCCCAGGCCUUGCAGGAUCUUUACGGCGGCUGGGAGAACCCGGUUCUCAUCGAAUUUUUCUUGGACUACGCCCAGUUCUGUUUCCAGCACUUUGGCCGCCAGGUGCGCUACUGGCUCACCAUAGACAAUCCUUAUCUCGUGGCGUGGCAUGGCUACUCCACGGGUAGGCUGGCCCCGGGUGUGCGAGGUGGGCUGGAGGUGGGCUACAAAGUGGCGCACAACCUCCUGAAGGCCCAUGCCAAGGUGUGGCAUCUUUAUAAUGACAAUUUUCGUCCUGCUCAAAAAGGUCAAGUAUCAAUUGCUUUAAGUUCUCACUGGAUAAAACCUCAAAACAUGGCUGAAAAGAAUAUAAAAAGAUGCCAGAAAUCUCUUGACUUUGUGCUGGGCUGGUUUGCUAAGCCUAUAUUUAUUGAUGGAGACUAUCCUCAGAGCAUGAAACAUCACCUUUCCUUGACAUUACCAGAAUUCACUGAUGCAGAAAAGAACUUAAUCAGAGGGACAGCUGAUUUCUUUGCUCUUUCUUUUGGAGCCACAUUAAGUUUUCGUUUUGUGGAUCCAGAAAUGCUGUUCCAGCAGCAGAAAUCACUGAACCUGAGGCAGCUACUUUACUGGAUAAACAGGGAAUAUAAUCCGUCACAGAUCUUCAUUGUAGAAAACAGUUGGUUUGUUUCUGGAAGUAUAAAGACAGAUGACUCCAAUUAUAUGUAUUACCUUAAAGAUUUCAUAAUGGACACAUUAAAAGCUAUCAGAUAUGAUGGAGUUACGGUGAUGGGAUAUACAGCUUGGUCCCUUAUGGAUGGCUUUGAAUGGGUCAGAAGCUACAUUCGACGGGGCUUAUUUUACGUUGAUUUUCAAAGCCAGGAUAAAAAAAUGAUAAUGAAAUCUUCAGGUUUGUUUUACAAAAAGCUGAUUCAAGACAAUGGUUUCCUCUCAACACCAGAAAGCCAACCUUUUAAAGGAACGUUCCCCUGUAAUUUUGUUUGGGGGGUCACAGAAAACUUUCUUCAGAUAGAUCCAACACGAUCUCAAUUUCUAAACCCUAAUAUUUAUAUAUGGGGAGCUCACCAAACCAAGGAUCUCAUUAAAAUUAAUGGAAGUGGUGUUCUGAAACGCAAGCCUCACUGUGUUGAUUUUUCUCAUAUCAGACUCCAAAUUUCUUUACUUCAAAAAAUGCAUAUCACACACUUUCAUUUUUCACUAGUGUGGUCUUUGAUCCUUCCUCUAGGCAAUCAGGCAAAUAUAAACCAAACACUUCUAUUUUACUAUCAGUGUUUUGUCAACGAACUCAUCAGAGUUAAUAUCACUCCUGUAGUUGCUUUGUGGCAACCUGAGGCUAAGAAUCAAGGGCUCCCUUUUUCACUGGCCAACAAUGGAGGAUGGGAGAGCCAACAUACUGUGGAAGCUUUUGUUGAGUAUGCUCAGUUCUGUUUUAAAAACUUUGGACAUCAUGUCAAAUUUUGGAUUACCAUGAAUGAACCCAAUGUGAAGAACCUGACAUAUAAAGCUGCACAUAAUCUCUUGAAAGCUCAUGCCAAAGCAUGGCACUUGUAUGAUAAAAAAUUCAGAAAGAUUCAAAAUGGUAAAAUAUCAAUUGCCUUACAUGCUGACUGGGUUGAGCCUGCCUGCCCCCUUUCAAAAAAGGAUGAGGAAGCAGCCAGGCGAGUUUUGGAAUUUGACAUUGGCUGGCUGGCAGAGCCAAUCUUCGGGUCUGGUGACUAUCCAGAAGUGAUGAGACAGUGGCUUCACCAAAAAAAUCAUCUAGGUUUUUAUAAUUUUCAAUUACCUUAUUUCUCAGCAGAGGAAAGGAAUCUAAUAUAUGGCUCCUUUGACUUCUUUGCUCUGAGUCACUAUACCACAACUCUUGUCGGUUCCGAAAAAGACAUUCCCAAAAAGUAUGAUGACCUUCUUGAUACCCAAAUAGUAAAAGAUAUAACUUGGCUGGAAUCACCCAGCCAAAUUCCAGUGGUGCCCUGGGGACUAAGGAAACUUCUCAAUUGGAUUAAACAUAAAUAUGGCAAUAUCCCAAUUUAUAUUUUAGCCAAUGGAAUCAAUGAUGAGCAGAAUGAGUCUCAUGACAAGUUAAGGAUAUAUUACCUGGAGAAGUAUAUUAACGAAGCCUUAAAAGCCUACACCUUGGAUGAUGUUAACCUCCAUGGCUAUUUUGUCUAUUCUUUCAGUGACAGAGGGGAUUCCAGAUCAUAUGGCCUCUAUCGUUAUAUGAUAAACAAGUAUGAGGCAAAACCUUCGCUGAUGUAUUAUAGGCAGAUAAUUGACAAUAACAUCUUGCCUGGCUCAGAAAGCCUAGAUCAGCUCUGCUCCAAAGAGAUUCUUCAUUGCCCAGAAUGUGAAUCUUUGCAACCCAGAAAAUUUUUAUUGGUGUUUAUAUUAUUCAUACUCUUUACUUUCAUUGUUAUUAUAUUUCUGAUGGCUUACUACUCCAAGAAGAUUGAGAGACGACCCAAAUACUCUUAUCCAGUUCUUUGCCGCCUUUCACCUGUGUUACUGGGAGAAGUCUGGAAAUAAUUAUGCAGUAGGCUGUGAUUACUGUUGCACUGUGUAGGCCAUCUAAUGCUGUGGUUUCUAAGCCCAUAGAUGAAUCAUGUCCAUGGAGUUUGUAUGAUUCCUCUUGGGAUUUGGUUUUAGCAUUUUUACUUUUAGUUCCUUAAUAUUAAUUUCAUCUCUCUUCUCCAAUAGUUACUUUGAUUCAUCAAGGGAGAUGGAGGAGCAGAACAUUGCCUUUUCUUGCAUAAUUAGAGAUCCUCAUGUCAUUGUUCAUCUGUACAAUGCUGAUAGAGAUCUCUGAGCAGAUUGAAUCGGUCUCUUGGUGAGGAUGGGAUUUGAAAUGAAUAAUUUGUACAAAUGCUGAGAGGACUGCUUGUUCAGUAUGCUGUCAGUGAUGCCUUCUUUCAGUACAUUCCUUUCUACUCCCCCUCUUUUUCAUUUCCUGUUUCAUACUCCAAAACCUGAUUCACCUUCUUUGCGCAUGAAUAUGGCUAGUUUUUUUAAUGAGUUAAUUUUAGCUCCUGUUCUAGGAACUAGCAUUUUAUUUCCUAGCUCUCCUAUUGUUUCCUGAUUAUGUAUCUAUUUAGUCACCAUGAGUGCCUCCCUCCCUUUUUUAGUUGGAGGUUUAAAAUUAGAUUGAUGAAGCUAUUAAUUUAGAUAUGUCAUAUUUUUAAUAAUAAACACUUGGUUAUUGAAUUCUCAGGACAAAAUUAACACCUUCUAAAGUCUUAGAUUUUAAGAGCUCAGGGAUAGUGCCUCUGAUUUUUAGGCAGAAGGCCGCAUAUUCAGUCCAUGCACUGUUCAUACAGUGUUUGGUCUAAAAGGCUCAAUUAUCAGUAAAUGUUAAAUCAAUAGCUAUAUUCUUGCUGAAUCUUAAAAUUGAAAAUCAACCUAAAAAAAAAUCCAGCAUACAAGUAAGAAUUCUAAAGGCAAGAAAAUCAUCAUCUUAAAACUACAUUUUCAUCAUCUAUGAAUUGUUAAGCCAGCUAAGUUUAUUUGUGUAAAAAGAGGCAGCCAAGGUAAUUCUACAGCUUGUCCUCUUUUCAGUUGCUGAUGUGUCUCACACUAGUGGACGAAUCUGUUUUAUUGGAUCUUAUAUAGGAAAGCUGUAAAUAGGGUCAGAGUAAAUAAGACAACUGGUAAGCUGUAAAAGCAAUAUUAGUCAGACAGUAACUGCAAGAUUGGAUAGUUUUAGGUAAAAAAAUGGAAGACAUGUCUUGAUCAUUCUCUUGAAAUGAGCAUAUUAGAAAGGAAGAAAAUGGAACUAGCAACCAACAGAUUUAAAUCACUCCUAGCUUUUAUCUUUUUAAAGUUUAUUUUUUUCCUGUUAGGAUUUGGUGCUAUCUUUACUCUCAUUUGCACUCACUCUGUGGAGAUAGGUAGUAUAUAUGUCGACAGACAAACAAAUAUAGGUAAAUAGAUGAUAGAUAUGUAUAGAUAGAGAUGAUAGACAGCAUGUGCUCAUCCAAUCUUUCUCAAAUUGGCACCUGCUAAUUUAUUGUGACUUCCAAGAUUCUCAACUUGGUUGGCGAAAUUGCUGUAUCCUAAUUGCAGACUGCAAUAAUAAACAAUUUUACAAUAAUUUGCCCAAUUAUACAUGCAUAUGAUUAUUACAAGUGCUCAUAAUACUUUUCUGUAUUCUGUUUUCUAAAAGAGCACUUUAAUUUUUUUUCUGCCUCCACCCCAUCCAGUUUUUGCUGCUAUUGACUUCUUUUUCCCUUCUGUUUAAUCUGUCCAAUUCUCAAAGACUGCUGGGCAGUUUUCCUGACAAGGUUUUUCAGAAGUUUUUUUUUUUGCCAUUGCCUCUUUCCUAGGGCUCAGUCUUAGGGUAGAGAGAAUGAUAGGCCUAGGAUCACUUACCUGGUUUGUGCCUAAAACAGGACUAGAACUCAUUGUGUCUCAUUUUCUAACCCGAUGCCUUAACAAUUAUAUUAAAAAAUAGGUUUUGCCUGUUUUGAACAUUCUCAGUAUGAGAUACUUCAAACAAUCCUGUUAAAUGCACUUUCUUUUUAUAUGUGACAAAAAUUCAGAAAGUAGGAAUAAUCUAUGUGAUGAAGGAUUUAACAAAGAACAGCAAUAAGACCAUUUUUUGCCUCUUGGAUGGCAUAAUGCAUUUUCCACAUUUCAUUGCACUUGGGGAAUCUAAAAUGUGGCUAUUGUAGUUUGUGAGCAGAUUGCAUACAGUAUGUUUUCUUAAUACAAUAUAUUUAGCUAUUUUUAAAGAAGAUAAAUAAUACUUGGGCCCCAUCAUCCAGUAUUUAAUCUAUAUUGCAUAACCGGGAUAAAUAUGGAGAAACUCUUUUACUUAUAUAACAUAUUCUAUUCUUUUCAUUCCUGACCAAAGCAGUAUGCAGUAGUUCACAAUACAAAUACAAAACAAUAAUAAAUAGAAAUAUUACACAUAUAAUCUAAAACCUCACUAUAACUUCCAAAAUUAAUAAUUGUACACAGACAAUCAAAAAAGCACAAAUCCAGUGCUAAAAUAGAAUAAAAUAGAAUCUUAAAAUAACUCCUUUCAAUAUUGGGUGUGCAAGACAGAAGAGUUUGGAUAUAACAGUAUGUUUUUUCUCUUAAAUCAGGGAGUAGUGAUCCAGUCUAUUGAAAAACUGCACCCAAUAAUAAUAGCAAGUGGAGACCAACAUAUUAUAUAAAAUGUAUUAUGAUUACAGUGUAAAUGUUAAUUUGUGUAUAUGUAAAUUACUCCAACAAUUGAGGAGGAGGGAAUGGCCCAUUGGUUUUGUUUUGCUUGAUUAGAACUUGCUUUGGUUAUGCUGCUAAAAUCUUUAUGUAGUUUGAAUUGAAGUGUGGAGAAUUGAUUAUUUGUAUUUAGAAUUCUUUUUCCAGUGCUAAAAUUGCCCCAGAUGGAUUUUAGCCUAUGUUCAUCAGUCCUUGCUGUGAUAAAAAAGUUUGAAAGCUUCAAUUUUAAAUUAUACUUUGGUAGGUAGAAAAAGGUUAAUUACUGGAAAAACAAGGACAUCUGAGCUGUGAAGCUUAUUGCCCAGGUUCAUAAGUCCAUUUUUCCCCAAUUGUAAAUUGCACACUAUUCCCCCCACCAUUAUUUAUUUAGCAACUGUGAAUGUAUCUUGUAUAAAUAGUGUCAAUGGAUAGGGAAUGCAAAAGAUACUCAUUUUAAAGCUUAAUGGCUUUUAUUAUAAAAAAUAAGUGUAAAGUCAUAAUCUGAAUAGUUUUAUUAUCAGCAUCCAUUAUUGCUGACUCUGCUUUGAAAAUUCUACUUCAUUCAUGUCCUUUUUAAUUGUGCUAAUAAUGUCAAGCGCCAGGGAAAUCAGGAGAUUCAGGCAGUUCAAAUGAGUAUAAAUAUUUAUUACAAGCAGAAGUCUCUGAACUACUAACGGUCAAGGGAAAUUUGCGGGAGUUAAGGAGACAAAGAAAUUCAAGGUGGGCUGGACUUAGAUCUCUUGUGGGCACACAGGGACUCAUGCUGAUGAUGUGUUUGACCCCCUACCUCUGGCUCAGCUUGGUUAUCUUCUACAAAUAGUCUGUACAUUAUUUCUACUUUCUGAAAACUUAUAAAUGUGAUAUGACUGUGCAGCUUAGCAAAUUCCAAUUAUGUUUGUCUUACUGUAUUUUAUGAAAUGAAUGGUAGCAGAGAAUAUAUUUGCAAAGUGAACCAGAUAUUUGUCUUAUUUAUUAUCUAAUAAAUUGAAUUACAGUA